CAGGCAGACUGAGACAGUAUAAAUAUUGCUUUACAUGUAGAGUGAGAAUCAGUACAAUCAGGGAGUUAGAUCAGCUCACUGACAGCAAACUCUCAGCUUAAAUAGAUAUCAUUUAAUAGAACAGGAUGGAGGUUCUACACGACUCUGGAGUUCAGAUGGUCCAGUAUCUACAGACAAACUACAAGAGUUCUCAAGACUUGUUCAUGUUUGUCUCAUUUGCUGCUGACCUCAGAAAUACCUUCUUCAUCUUCUUCCCCAUCUGGUUCCACCUGUGUGAGUCAGUGGGCAUCAAACUUAUAUGGGUGGCCGUAAUUGGGGACUGGCUGAAUCUUGUCUUCAAGUGGAUUCUGUUUGGACAGAGACCCUAUUGGUGGGUUCACGACACUGAUUACUAUGGAAACAGCUCAGCUCCUGUCAUUCAACAAUUUCCUGUUACCUGUGAGACAGGACCAGGAAGCCCUUCAGGUCAUGCCAUGGGGUCAGCAGGAAUUUACUAUGUUAUGGUGUCAGCCAUUCUCACUAUAGUAUUGAAGAAGAAAGAAUCUGUUUUUAAGAAGUGGUGUGUCCGAGGAACCCUCUGGACUGCAUUCUGGGCUGUUCAGUUCUGCGUCUGCCUAUCUAGAAUCUUCCUAGCUGCACAUUUUCCCCACCAGGUGGUUGCUGGAGUUAUCUCAGGUAUGCUGGUUGCUGAAGCUUUCCAUCAUGCACCAUCCAUUUACAAGACCAGCUUAAAGAGAUAUAUCUAUACCACUCUUUUCUUAUUCGCCUUUGCUCUGGGCUUCUACUUGGUUCUAAAAUCUGUGGGUGUGGACCUACUGUGGACUCUGGAGAAAGCCAAGAGAUGGUGUGCUCGUCCUGAAUGGAUCCACAUUGAUACCAAUCCUUUUGCUGGUCUUCUCAGAAACCUGGGUAUCUUUUUUGGUCUGGGACUGGCUCUCAACUCCAAACUCUACCAGGAAAGCUGCCAAGGGAAGCAGGGGAGACAGUUCAUCUUCCGUAUCUGGUGCAUUGUUGUCUCUCUGUUUGUCCUCCAUUUAUUUGAUUCCUUCAAGCCACCAACCAAAGUGGAGAUGCUCUUCUAUGUUUUAUCAUUCUGCAAAAGUGCAGCUGUGCCCCUUACAGCAGUAGGAAUUGUCCCUUAUUGUGUAUCUCAGAUUCUUCAUCAACAGACCAAGAAACAUCUUUAGUGGGACUUAUUUUAUUUUUACUGAGUGUAGUAAUAUUUUAAUGGACAAACAUAAUAUUUUUUUUAUUAGAUAAAAAAUAAAGCACAGACAGUACAGGUCCCUGAAAUAUGGACAUCUACUGGUGCCUGGAGUGAGUCCGACAUAUAAUAUUCUGCAUUUAAUGAAAGAGAGUGUUAAAAGAGGCUGUCCUGAUUUCACCAGCUUUUAAUUCAUUGAAAUCCAGGGAUUAGCGUUGGCAUCUUCCACAAUGUUAAAGCAUCAAUGAACAUAAAUCUUCCAUUCCUACAAAAUGUUAUGAUGCUGGAGUACUAAAGACUGAAUAUUUCAAAAGCUGCUAAACAAAUAUGGUGUUUCUGAAGUUUGCAGAUUGCUACCCAUAGAUGUUUCUUUAAAGACAAAAACAUAAGGUUUCUGAAGGACCUAUUGAAAGUCUCUAUCAUGAGGAAAUGGUAUAAAAAUCUUGGUCACUGAUACAGAAUAAGCGCUUUUUUCUGUGCAGCUUCAAGCAGAUUGUUACUUGUUAACCAUGUGGCUUAUGUUAAAACUGCCACAGAACAAAGCAGCAAAAGUCUUGUUAAUAUGUUAGAAAUUAUUUUUUUAUAUAUCUAUUUAUUCACAUCUGCUAGAAAACAAUAUGAGUUGUUCUCAAGAAGUUAUCAAUGAAAAUAUUUUCGUUGUUUUUUCUUGUUCUUUUUUAUAAAAUAAAGAGUUGAAAACA